AUGUCAGCAUCAACGAGGAAGGUGUUCAUUAAAGCGUUGAGCAUGUGGUACAACUUCCUCAUCCUGGGCAUCCAUACUGGUAAGCGAUGUUGGUCAGGAACGUUUGCUCAAAGUGAAGAGAACGAAAGCACUACAUACGUGCUCUUACAACUAGCGUGGUCGGACAUCACUGAAUUUGCAGAGCCAUUGUACUGCGCAGCUACCUUGAUCGUCACACAUGACCGAGGAAGAGCGGAAAAAAUAUUCCAACCAGCAGAGCGAAAUAUUAUUGAUGACGAAGACGAUGACGCUCUCAUCGAUAAUAUGUCGUUGCUGCUGGUUGCAAUGUACACACGAAUGCUUGAACAUCAAGAGAUCAGACAGGAUAGGAACCAGCAAAUGCCAGGUUUCGAUGGGGAAUGUGCGAUUCUACCAGCGAAGCACGUCGUUGCAUCGCGACCACUCGCCUAUGAAGGCCACAAACCGUUAAAUCGAGCACUCAGCUACAACGAUAGCUACAUUUUUGCUCGUCCGAUGGCCUACGGUCCUUACGACGCAUGGUGUGCCGCAGAUGGCGGUAUAUGGCAGCAGUUUGCACGACUAAAGAAGUACGUGGAUCGUGAAGCAAAGAAAAAUCUGGCUGUCCUCGAAAGAGUGAAGUCGAUGGUAAUGAUUGUAACGUAUGUGCGUGUAUGCGCUUGCAUGUGCGUAGCAUCGCAGCAGCAUCACAUCACGUUUCACAUAGAUCCCUUUCAGCUUCAAAGAAGAGUUGACGUGAACACUGGAAACAGAGUCGGCGGCGAAUGCAGACGACGGAACUAUGGAAAUAACGCCACUCACUUCAGCAGCCAGAGGAAGCGAACAGCGAAAACGCGGAAGAUCCGCUAG